UUUUUAACAAUAGCCUUUCUGACAGAGUUGACAAUUAUUGUUGAUGCUGAAGAAAUAAUAAACAACCAAAAUUCAUCAACUUCAUUGGAAUCAUUGAUUGAACAAAAUUUAAAUCGUACGGAAAAUGUGACAAAUCAUUUGAAAUCGCGACGCAAACGAUAUGUAGCCUUCCCAGAAGGUUCUUCGUUUUCGGUUGCUUUUUGUGCUACGGUUGGAUUUGUUGGAAAUCCAAAUUUUAUUUACUUCAGUUGGGCUAUUAAUUGGGGCGUUGCAUACGAUUUACCAAACGAUACAUGGAUCCUUAAUGAACGAAAUCGAAAAGUAUUUCCCAAACAAAUUGUUCAACGUCGUCAUCGUCGCGAUUUAUACGACCGCCUCGAAGUACUCAUCGACAACAUGGGUUAUAAUGGACGUCAAUGCAUUUUACGUGCAUUGUGCGAAAGUUCACAGUUUUUCUCGAAAAAAUCAACGAACAUGGUCGAAGAAAUGAUUCGAACCAUUUUUACAUUGCCAUCGAUGAGGGUGCUGCCAUUUGAGCAUCCAGAUUUGGUGAUUUAUGACAAAGCUCAUCGCAAGGGAAGAGACAAAGUAUAUUGUGCUUCCGUUUUUUCGGAAUGUAAUUUUUCAUUAAUCGAACUGGCGCUUGGUGAAUAUUCUACACCAUUUAAUUUUAUGUAA